UAAGCCAAAGUUUCCCCGUUCAACCGGCCUCACUUCCCCUUGUUAUUUCUGUACACCAUUAAUCUUUGUUCAAACUGGGAUCAUUUGACAAUGACAACUUCAUCUUCUUCCCCACCAUAAUCUCACCCAACUUUAUAUCUUCUCACAAUUCUUUAUCACUACCUAAACAUACCAAGUCAACUCUUUAGCCAUGGUUUCUAAUCCCAUUCCCCUCCCCAAACUCACACUACUGCAAGAACAAGAAGAUGAAUCAAACUCAACCUCAAACUCGCCUAAACAAACCACAUCUCUCCUCUCUUUCUCCACCACUUCCCCUCAUAACCCACCUUCAAAACCCACAAUUCUCCUCAUCUCUCUCCUCUUCCUCACCACAGCUGCGGCUGCGUUCGCUUUCGCAUUCCUUUUCUUCUCUUCUUCCUCCUCCAAAUCACACCCUCGUCUCCACUCAAACACCCAAUUCUCAAGGCCACUCACUAAGCUCAGACACCCAGUAGUUCUGUUGAUUUCAUCGGACGGAUUUCGAUUCGGGUACCAAUACAAAACCCCAGCUCCGAAUAUCAACCGUUUGAUCCAAGAUGGGACCCAAGCGAAGCUAGGCUUGAUCCCUGUUUUCCCCACACUCACAUUCCCCAAUCACUACUCAAUUGUCACUGGCUUGUAUCCGGCGUAUCACGGCAUUGUGAAUAAUUUUUUUCGAGAUUUUAGCACCGGGGAGAGUUUUAGUAUGGCGAGUCAUGAGCCCAAGUGGUGGCUGGGGGAGCCGGUGUGGGAGACGGUGGUUAAGCAUGGCCUUAAAGCGGCUACUUAUUUUUGGCCUGGAUCUGAGGUGGUCAAAGGCGCUUGGACUUGCCCUUUGAGUUUGUGUGCGCAUUAUAAUGGGUCGGUGCCUUUUGAGGACCGGGUCGAUAAGGUUCUGAGGUAUUUUGAUGAGCCUAGUGAGGAUGUUCCUGUUUUUAUGACAUUGUAUUUUGAGGAACCUGAUCAUCAAGGUCAUAAGGUUGGACCUGAUGAUCCGCAGAUCACGGAGGCUGUUGCGAGGAUUGAUAGUUUGAUAGGGAGGUUGAUUGAUGGUUUGGAGAGAAAAGGGGUUUUUGAAGAUGUGAAUAUAAUUAUGGUAGGUGAUCAUGGUAUGGUUGGAACUUGCGAUAGCAAGUUAAUUUUUUUGGAUGAUUUGGCUCCCUGGAUUGAUAUCCCCAAGGAUUGGGUUCAGGAUUAUAGUCCUUUGCUUGCAAUUCGCCCAUCGCAUGGUUACUCUGCAGCUGAUGUUGUUAAGAAAAUGAAUGACGGAUUGGGAUCGGGAAAGGUCAAUAAUGGGAAGUAUUUGAAAGUCUACCUCAAGGAGGAGUUGCCAAGUCGACUGCAUUACCAUGCUAGUGAUCGUAUUCCACCAAUAAUCGGGCUGGUUGAGGAGGGAUAUAAGGUUGAACAGAAGGUAUCAAGGAGAAAAGAAUGUGGAGGAGCUCAUGGAUAUGAUAAUGCAUUUUUCUCUAUGAGGACCAUAUUUAUCGGUCAUGGUCCUAGAUUUGCCAAGGGAGUUGAAGUGCCUUCAUUUGAAAAUAUUCAGAUAUACAACUUGAUAACAUCAAUUCUGAAUAUCUCUGGAGCUCCUAAUAAUGGAACAUUAUCUUUCCCUAAAACUGUUCUUUUACCUCAUCUUUAAAACUCUUGUGGUUAUACAUUUAUACUAUGUUACAGAUACUUUUAACUAUGAGCUAGAGUAUGUACAAAGUCGCAUGCUCUCUCGUAAAGAAUGUUUUCUUGAAAUCUCUGAAGUUUGGUGUCACACGCAAAAGGCUUGUAACUGUAAGGGCAUUGAAAUCUGUCAUGUUGGAUUUCACUAGGUAAGAGCUUGUAUUGUAAAGUCUGGAAGCCAUCAUAUCAAUUGUCUUGAUUAUGCUUUGUUGGUUUCCGGCUUAUAUAUACUUUUUUUGUGAUGAAUUGCAUACAAAUAUUAUAUGAAGUGGAUUCAAAAUCUGAUAAUUGUAUA